AUGCUCAGGCGGCAAAUUCAGGAGUCAGAUCGGUCACUCUCUGAGGUUAUCGGCCUGGCCGAGCUGUUCUUCAUCGAGAAGCCAAGUGGAGGCUGCAACUUGGCUGUGUUGACGAAGGCGAGAAGCGGGGCGGAUGCGGUGGCUGACAAAGCCGGAGGCCAAGCCACCAGAGGCGACGAAGCUGCAGAGAAAGCGGAUGCAGCCAAGGAAGCGGCCGAAGCAGCAGAGAAGGAGGAAGCCGAGAAGGCCGCAGAGAGGGCCGCUGCAGAGAAGGCAGAGGCCGAACGAGCGGACAGGGCGGCAGCGGAGAAGGCAGCAGCGGAAAAGGCAGCAGCAGAAAAGGCCGCAGCAGAGAAGGCAGCGGCAGAGAAAGCAGCAGCAGAGCAGGCGGCAGCCGAUAAAGCAGCAGCGGAGAAGGCAGCAGCAGAGAAAGCAGCAGCAGAGAAAGCGGCAGCAGAGAAAGCAGCAGCAGAGAAAGCUGCUGCGGAGAAAGCUGCUGCGGAUAAAGCAGCAGCGGAAAAGGCCGCAGCGGAGAAGGCCGCUGCCGAUAAAGAAUUCGCUGAAAAGCUUGCGCAAGAUCAGGCGCAGAGAGCCCAGCAGGCUUCCGCGGCGGCGCUCGCCGCGGGCAAGGCGCAAGCAGCAGCCGAAGCCGAGUUGCGGAGUCGCCGUCAGGAAGUGACAAGACUGAAGAACGACAUCGAGAGGGCCCGUGAGUCCGCGACGGCGGAGAGGGAGCGCCUGUCCCAGCUCAAGUGGCGACGCGAGCAGGCGCUCAGUGGCGUCGAGAAGCUCUCAGCGCAAAUCGGGCAUCCAGACAUGGCAGACUCCGAAGAGGUGCUGAAAGCCCAGGCAGAGGUUCGAAAGGCCGCGGAGGCCGCAGAGAAGCUGCGCGCGGAACUGAAUCAGAAGAAGAACAACCUGUCCGCCAUGAUGCUCAUCCGGAAGAAGCUGAAGAAGAAGUUGACAAACGUGCAGGAUCAGAGCCAGCUACAGGCGGUGCUCGCCGAAAAGCUGGAGGCAGCGACGCUCUCGCGGCUCAUGGCCGAGGAGAGAGUGGAGGAGCUCAAGUUGGAGCUCGCCGAGGCUGAGUUGCGCCGGGAUGAAGAGGCAGAGGAGCGUGCGCGCCUGCUUGUCAGCGCGGCCGCGAUCGCGGACUGCGCUGCUGCCCCGGCGCCUGCCGCGCCACCGGACUCUGAGGAUGGCGCCAUGGCUGCUCUGACGAAGCUUCAGAACCGCAAGAAAAAGGCGCCAGAGCCAGCUCCGGCCGAGCCAGCGCCGGUAGAGCCUGCGCCGCCACCUGCAGAGGAACAGGAGGCGUCCCGCACCAUUGCCAAGCGGAGUGCAGAUCUGGAUUCCUAUCAAGAGGCUCUGCGAUUGCUGCACCAGGGCUCGCAGCAAGAGGUUCAAGAGCUGCACAAGAGAAUCUCUGAGCUGGACCGGGACUCCAACAAGGUGCCAAAACUGAAGCAGGAUCAGAAGGCGCUGACAAACAGGCAAAACCUGCUCCAAGAGCGCAUGGCCGACCUGGAAACCGAGGCUUACGAACUUGAGCAGACAGCACAGGCCGGGAAUGAGCUGCUGGAGAUCCGCAACAGCGUCGUGCAUGAGCUGCGCCAGGAGGUGGAGAUGCGCGAGGCGCGGCUGAGGAGCCUCGAGGAGUUGGUUCUCAAAUUGGACGAAGAGCGAAGCCGUCUCAAAAAGGAGGCCAGCCAAGAUGCCGAGAAGGCGCAGGAGCUCCUGAAGGAGGUGAUGGAAUUGGCCCAUGGGGGCGCUCGCGAGGAGUCCGUCAUUGUCACUUCCGCUCCGGUCCACUCGCGACUGGCUGUUGCCUCUGUCCAGCGCAGCUUGGCACAGCUGGACUUGGUGACCUGCCGAGCCAAGGAGAAUGCCUUCCGGGAUGGCGUCCCCGAGCCCUGGCGACAGGAGCUCGAGGGCACUGCCCAGACGGCGGCCGCGAAGUCGCUGGCGCUGAGCGAGGUGCGUCGGCGGGCCGCGGGCGCAGCCGAGCGAGCGGCUGCACGAUGGACAUCCAGCCAUGAGGGAUUCAUUCUUGCACGUUCCAAGCCCAAAGAGCACGAGUACCGAGCUAUGUGUGCGGAGACAGGAAUGUGGACAAACGGAGCUUUCUGGCUCAGAACCAUGAGGCACACCAACAAGAUACUCAGACAGAGCAUCCUUGGAAGAACAAGUGGCAGGUAUUCGCUGCUGGAUGAGUGGACGAAUUCUAGAGUGCGGAUGGUACCCACUAAUGGAACGACGUCCUUCUUCAAAGCGCAGAUUCCACCUUUGCUGACUCCAGCUGAGGCCGAGCACUCCUUCCUUGGCAGCAUCAUGCACCUACAAAUUCCCUCAUCAUUACCGGGAAGGGUCGGUGAACGCAGCCCUCUGCCAGCCAGUGCUUGCGGCGGUCGCUGGGGACAGCGUGACCUCACCAGCCACGACGUCCGCCACAACUUGCUGCGGAUGAUCCGUAACAACGCCGGCCAGCUUGCAAGGCCCGAUGCGUGCCUGGAUGUGAACCAAUGGCUGCUCUCAGGAGAUGUUCUGCGAUCUUCAUCCGUGCAUGUUGUUAGAGAGGUUCCCCGUCGUCUGGCAGUGCUGGUUUGCAGAUUUCAAAGCAUGCUGGCGGGGGGCUUCUUCACAAGGCGGGCGCGAUGUGUAGCAGCGUCCCAACUGCCAGAACCAGCCUGUCCUGUUCAGUCCGAGCCGAAGCAAGCAGCAGAAGAAGGCCAACAAUCCCAGGAACGCCUUCGACCGCGGCUCAUCUCGAAGGCUUUAAGCGCAGUCCAAGACUUGGAGAAGGUGGCGAGCGCUCCGACCGCUGAUGCAGCCGGGGCCUUAGAAGUUCGCCUUUGGGGCAGCAUGGAUGUUAUUGGCCAGUUGAAAACUGUGACCUUCCAGACUGGGACCUUUUUGGUUGCAUGGUCAUGGGUGCUCGUCUACUAUGCCAUCUCCCAUGUGGCGGCUGGCGAAUCCCCCCUAGAGGACCAGAUUGGCUUUGGUGGUCAUGGGAAGCCUCAGAAGAUCUUCGUGUUGAUGACAGAGUAUGUGGUGGUUUGCGGGAUAACGGUGCUCUUGUUGGAGAGACUGCAUGCCACCGGUGGGAACGAGGCAUUGGCCGGGGCUUUGGCCUUCUUUCCAUCACCCGUCUUUAGCGGCAAACUGCUUCAGUUCUUGGGUCAAUUUUCAUCCAAUGGCUUCAAUCUUGCACUGCUGAAUGUGCUGACAACCGCAGUGGUUGCUGCUGCAGUGCACGCAGCACCUCGAACUGGGCGGUUUGGCUCGCUUGGGGACGUCAUGCGCGACACAGUUGGUUUUGGCUUGGGGGUUUCUUGGAACGUCCUGGUUAGCCGAAGCGAGCCCGCUGAGUGCCGACUCGCCGCCCGAACAGUUUAUUUAGGCGUGGUUCUUCUGCUUGCAGCGCGUCUAGCGGCGCCACCGCCCAGCUUCGACUCCUUGAAGUCGCGCAUUGCGGCAUUGCUCUCCUUUGCCGUACGUGUGGUGUGUGCGUUCGCAUUGGCUGAUUGGCUGAAGGCAGCUCUACCGCCAGGACCUUUCUACGGCGUGCUUAGCCUCGUGGGCUUGGUUGCUUUUGCGGCCCAAAUGGGCCAAUUGCUCGCAGCGGCAGAUCUCGAACGAGCGCAGGCGGUGGCGAAGGACAAGGCUGCCAAGCAGGGCUGGGGCUCCUGCCUUCUUCGUGCUUUGGUGUUCGUGCCCUGCGUUUGGUGCUGCUGCCCGUGGGUGCCAAUUCUGUGGCUCCUCAAAAGUGGCAUCCAAGGCACAACCGGCAGAUGGACAGAGCUGGCUGCUGAUGUGUGUUCCCUGGCAGCUUCAGUUGUAGGCACCGGCUUGCUCACAGGAGCAAUUGACAGCGCAGCAGCAUACCUGCAGAUUUGCCAGCUGCAGGGCUGUGACGUGUUUCAGUUCCUCACCUUAGAAGUUGCUUUUGCAGCCCUUACAUCCAUCGUCUUGCUGCCACUGCUGAAUCGGCUUACGCAGGGCCAUGACCUUCAUCACCCUGAAGGCGAUGUAGAAGGCGUCCCUUACGUUCUUGUGCCUCCACCAGAGCCAGGCUUUGUGGUGCGAUAG